CAGGUUGGGCCAAGUUGUAUUGAGAAAAGAGCGUUGGAUGGGAAGACAGGAGACGUGGUGUCUGCUGCUCACUCUGAGGCCAGUUUGUGCCUCUCUAGAAAGGAGCUCGCUCUGGCAGUUUUCUGUGAAUUCUGUUGACCUCCCUAGUCCUCCUGUUUAUCCGUGUCCUUCUUCCCUGAAGCUUAGAAAGGUUGUAAACGCUUAACUCCCUCUGCAAGUGAAGAAAGGCCCAUGGCUCCGACCCCCAAAAGACUUAAAAUCUGGUUAGAGUGGAGGGUCAAUGCAGCACAAUGCCAGCUCUGCCCCUGGACCAACUCCAGAUCACCCACAAGGACCUGAAGACAGGGAAGCUGAGGACUUCACCAGCGCUGCACCCCGAGCAGAAGGCAGACCGGUAUUUUGUGUUAUACAAACCGCCCCCUAAAGACAACAUUCCCGCCCUAGUGGAGGAGUACCUGGAACGCGCCACCUUCGUAGCCAAUGACCUCGACUGGCUCCUGGCCCUGCCUCACGAUAAAUUCUGGUGCCAGGUUGUCUUCGACGAGACUCUGCAGAAGUGCCUGGACUCCUACCUGCACUAUGUCCCCCGAAAGUUCGACGAGUGGGUGGCCCCGGCCCCUGAGGUCGUUGACAUGGAGAAGCGCCUCCACCGAAGUGUUUUUCUCACCUUCCUUCGCAUGUCCACUCACAAGGAAUCAAGAGAUCACUUCAUUUCCCCCUCUGCUUUUGGAGAAAUCCUCUACAACAACUUCCUGUUUGACAUCCCAAAGAUCCUGGACCUCUGUGUGCUCUUUGGAAAAGGCAACUCCCCGCUGUUGCAGAAGAUGAUAGGAAACAUCUUUCUCCAACAGCCAAGUUACUAUAAUGACCUGGAUGAAACCAUGCCCACCAUCCUUCAGGUCUUCAGCAACAUCCUCCAGCACUGUGGUUUGCAAGGGGACGGGGCCUGCGCCACACCCCAGAAGCUUGAGGAGAGGGGCCGGCUGACCCCCAGCGACAUGCCUCUCCUGGAAUUAAAGGACAUCGUUCUCUACCUUUGUGAUACCUGCACCACACUCUGGGCCUUUCUGGAUAUCUUCCCUUUGGCUUGCCCAACCUUCCAGAAACACGACUUCUGUUACAGGCUAGCUUCCUUUUACGAAAUAGCAAUUCCCGAACUGGAGUCUGCAAUUAAGAAGAGGAGGCUUGAAGAUAGCAAGCUGCUAGGUGAUCUGUGGCAGAGGCUCUCCCAUUCCAGGAAGAAGCUACUGGAGAUUUUUCACAUCCUCCUGAACCAGAUCUGCCUUCUCCCAGUCCUAGAAAGCACCUGUGACAACAUUCAGGGCUUCAUCGAAGAGUUCCUUCAGAUCUUCAGCUCGUUGCUGCAGGAGAAGAGGUUCCUCCGGGACUAUGAUGCGCUCUUCCCUGUGGCCGAUGACAUCAGCCUGUUGCAGCAGGCCUCGUCAGCCUUGGAUGAGACUCGGACUGCCUACAUCCUCCAGGCAGUUGAGAGUGCAUGGGAAGGGGUGGACCGAAGGAAAGCCACCAAUGCCAAAGACCCACCAGUGGCUGAGAAUCCUAACGGGGUCGUGGAGGCGGCGGAGGCAGUCAGCAGACCGUCAUCGCUUCCCCAGAACUUGGAGGAAGAGGAGUGCCUGGGGGCAGCAGCUGCUCCAGGACCCGCCGUGUGUGGCGUGGAGCUGGACUCACUCAUCUCCCAGGUGAAGGACCUGCUGCCAGACCUUGGUGAGGGCUUCAUCCUGGCCUGCCUGGAGCACUACAGCUAUGACCCGGAGCAGGUGAUCAACAACAUCCUGGAGGGGCGGCUGGCCCCUGCCCUCAGCCAUCUGGACCGCGGCCUAGACAGACAGGUGAAGCCAGACCCAACUCCCCUCCUGGCGUCUCGUCACAACGUCUUCCAGAAUGAUGAGUUUGAUGUGUUCAGCAGGGACUCAGUGGACCUGAGCCGGGUACACAAGGGCAGGAGGAAGGAGGAGAGCGCGCGGAGCCUGCUGAACGACAAACGGGAGGUGGUGGCGCAGCGGCGGCGCUACGAGCAGUACAGCGUGGUGGCAGAGGAGGUGCCAGUGCAGCCAGGGGAGGACUCGCCUUACUGCGGUGACGACUACGAGGAUGAGUAUGAUGACACAUAUGAUGGCAACCAGGUGGGCGCCAACGACGCAGACUCAGAUGAUGAGCUCAUCAGCCGCAGGCCCUUCACCAUCCCUCAGGUGCUGAGAACCAAAGUGCCCAGAGAAGGGCAGGAGGAGGAGGAGGAGGAGGAGGAGGAGGAGGAAGCUGAGGACGAGGCCCCCAAGGUACCUCCUUGGCAGGUGGCAGGUGAAGGGGUGUGUACACUUCUGAGAGGUGAAUUGGGAUCUGCGCCCCGCUUCCCUGAACCUGGCCUUGAGGCGGCUCCAGCAUUACUGCCCAGGAGGGUGGGGGUCCCUCUGAGCCCGGGAUGUCUGCUUGGAGAGCUGCUGGCUUAGAACCUGCCUCUGCUGCCCAGUGAGGGCCCAGGGGAUGGAUCAGAGGCCGGGUCUUCGAGCUGCUGGGUUCAUUAGGCCCAGGAGCCUGGGGCCCAGGAGAGGGACAGCUGUUGGCCUCCAUGCCCAGGUUGACAAUUCUUGAAAUCAGAGAGGUGUUAGAGCCCAAGGGCCCUUUGGAGGUCAUCUGGGAUGAUGGGUUUGAAAAUUCUGUAUUUUAGCCACUAAACUUUUUCUUCAAGUGAAAUCUUAACUAGAGCCUCAUAUAAAACAGAUAAGAGCAGCACUGCUCAGGUUGAAUGGGGUGGCAGCCUGGGAACCCUGGAUCUCCCACCCCAUGUCCUCCCGCCAGGGUGACAAAUUCAGACGUGUCCGGGCCCAGGCCAUCAAUGUAAAUGAGUAGUGGGGCCUGAUGGAAACUGAGGUGGGGGACACACACGCCCUGCCCAGGGGCUCCUCAGUACUGUGGAGGCCCGGACCCUCCAGGGCUUUCCCUUCUUCCAGGCAAGGGAUCAGCCUGGAUUUUUAUGUCAAAUCCUGAAGUUUUCAAAAAUUACUGAUUCCCCUUGUUUUGUUGUUGUUUUUGUGAAACAGCCCGGGCCCCCAAAGCCUGUCUGUGGUCCUUGGGUCCCACUUUCUCCCGCUAGUCCAGUCUCUCCCCACCUUGGCACAGGGCGGGCGCUCCUGCAGCCCAUUGCUUGUGUCGCCAGCGGGGGGAGGAGUCAGCUUCUAGGGCGCUCUCUUGGGUUUCCAGGCCCCAUGUGGUCUCUCGUGGCGGCCAUCUGGCCUUCCCCCAUUGCUCUCACCUGUCAUCAUCGUGUUCCUGCUAUGAUGGAGCCAUCUUUAGCUGCCUCUCUUCUGGAAGUUGGUGGGAGGGUCAGAGGAAGGGCUUCUGGUGGAAACCUGGGACCAUAGCAAGACGGUUCCAUUCUGGGGCAUUGCCCAGCCGCACUGUGGCUUAGCCCCACUCCUGGCAUGGGGGUGUCACCAGGAUUGGGCCAGGUGCAGCCUCACCUCAACUUAGGAAAAUGGGGCAGCUCAUGAUUCUUUUCUCC